UGAGACACUUCCGGGUUCGUCCUCUUCCUCUCUCACACCAUCACAUCUCGUGACAGGUUUUAUUUACCAGCAGCCAAACUGAGGAGUGAAACUACGACGAGAACCGGUGGUUGCUGUGGUUCUUCAUGGGGCCAGAAGACCCACAGAGGAACCUAAACAUGCCUUUAAGGAGACACAUCUUCCCGUAAAGAAGCUGCAGUAACAGAGGAACCAUGUGGAGGAUUCAAGGGUUUGUUGGAAGAGUUCUGCACCGAUACCAUGGCAACAACCCUCUGCGACUGCCCCAGAACCAGGGGCAGUCUCAGGGACGGGGGGAGGUUGAGGUCAUCAACAGCUCAGCUGUCCUCUCCACCUCUCAACACGCUUCUGACAGCAGCUCUUGGAAAGAGGAGGAUGGAGAGAGGAGGAAGAAACAGAGGACCUUCCAGUUUGGAUACGCUGAGCUUCCACGUUACACAGCCCUGGAUGCUGUGGGAUUGGGUACUGCAGCAGUUCUGUUCAUGCAGAUCUGCAAGAGGAUCCACUCCCAGUUCUCCUCAAGCACUGAGCCCAGUCCGAUCCCCGAGGCCCUGACAGCACACUCCACCCUGCACAAGUGUGGCUACCGCAUCCUGCUGGAGAUCUUGUCUAGACGUGAUGUCCUGCCCAGAGGAAGGAGUGUGUUGUGUCUGCAGGGGGUGCCAUAUAGACAGGACCAAGAUCAGGCUCAGAGUAGCAGCAGCAGCAGCAGUUCAGGUGACGCCAGCCUUCACAGCAGCAGCAGCAGUGAGCAGGACCAUGUGACUGCUGACUGCUCCAUCUCUGACCAACAGAGGGCACUCCUGAGCCAGGAUCCUCCUAUACCCGAGGAAUCACUUCUGUCAGCAUCCUGUCCUCUGCAGAAUGAUGCCAGCCGAGACAACACAGAGACAAAAGAUGCUAAUGACAAGGACAUGUCUGAUGAGGAGAGGCUGGCAGGAGCAGCACUGAAUCUCAGACAUGUAGGAGAAACCAGUGUUCCUGUUAUCCUCAACAUCAUUGGUCUAGAAAGUGCCAAGAGCGAAAACUAUGAGGAAGCUUUUACAUGUUUUGUAGCUGCAGCACAGCAGGGUUACAGCAAGGCCCAGUUCAACACAGGUGUGUGCUACGAGAAAGGCAGAGGAGUCGGCAAGGACAAAGAGAAGGCUCUGCAUUACUACUGGCAGGCAGCGGUCGGGGGUCACAAACAGGCUCAGUACCGCUAUGCAAAGCUGCUCCUGACCAGCAGGGGGCAGCAGAGCUUAGAGGAGCUGAACACAGCCAUCAACCUACUGGAACAGGCUGCUUCAGCUGGACUCACCAAGGCUCAGGUCUGCCUGGCAUCCGUCUACACUCAGGAGCCAGUGAGAGACGGGAGCAGGUCUGUCCAGUACCUGAAGAUGGCAGCAGAGAGCGGAGAUGACACCGCUCUGCUGUUCCUGGGUCAGUGUUUUGAGAGCGGCUUUGGGGUGCAGCAGAAUCCGAGGACAGCGAUUGAAUACUACAAACGAGCCGCUCGAGCAGGCAACAAGCAGGCUAAGAGCUUACUGACGCCUCCUUAUGAUGCACUCAGUAAGGCAGAAGAUGCAGUGUUGCGCUCCAUCCGUUCAGCUCCGUGUUUCUCUGCCGCCGACCGUCGGCUCCAACAGCCGCUCUCCUCUCUGGCCAGUCGUGUCGCUCCCUGUACCGGUCGCCCCGUCGACCUUCCCCUCCUGCCUCACUCCUGGAGCACCGGGAGCCUGUGUGUCCCCCCCGGCGCCAUCCUCCACGCCUCUUCACCUCCAUCCCCAUGUUCUGAGGGAGGAGCCUGCCAGUGGACUGUAGGGAAAGGAUAGUUCUCCUGAGCCAGCACGGUGUCAAACUGAGGAAUGUAUUUCAUAGUGUGAAUGUAUUUUCACCAGAGGAGAACGGUCAAAGUGAGUUAGGUGUGUACAUAUUGUGUGAAGUCUGGAUUAUAGUGAAUUUUAUACUUGGUCAAAUAUGUGUGUGUAGACAUUUUAAAGGUAUAGUGUGUAGGAUUUGACGGCAUCUAGCGGAGUGGUUGCAGAUUGCAACCAACUGAGUACCCCUUAGCAAUGGAAGUCAGACAGCGGAUGGCGGUACCACGGUUUUGCACUCUGCGGUUCACGUUACCGCAGUUUCACAAGCGUGUAGAGAACUACGUUGGCCUUCAGGGAACGUAAAAACACAAAGUGCUCUCUCUAGAGCCAGUGGUUUGGUUUGUCCGUUCUGGGCUGCUGUAGAAACAUGGCAGACUCCGUGAAGAGGACCCGCUCCCUAUGUAGAUAUUUAGGGCUCAUUC